UAUAUCAUUUGACUAGUAGUAAAGCUUUUAAAUAUUUUCAAUUUGAGUUUUAAAACAUAUUUUCGACUAUUGUUCGCACACAAUAUUAAACUGAUACUCUUGCACCAAUUUUUAUAUUUUUCAACUAUAAUUUAUUUUGUGCUAAUCAUGUUUUUACGAUUAAUCGUGUUUUUUCUUACUGCAAAAUUAGUCUUCGUUCAAGCAACAGAUUCAAGUGAUGCAAUAGAUCUUGGUGAUCACCAAGAUUUAGAUUUGGAGUUCAAACUUGACAUGACGAGUAAAGAUUUGUUGAAUUAUUGUUAUAGUCAUAGCACAUUUCGUAGAACGAAACUUAUCCCAAGGCAGUCUUUACUAUACAAUUCUUCUCAAAAUUCGGAAGAUACAGUAAGGGUGUUACAAUGGAACGUUUUGUCGCAAACUUUAACUAAUGGUGAUUUUAGUAGUUGUCCUACUGAAGCAUUGCUAUGGGUUAACCGACGAUGUCAAAUACUCGAUGAGAUCCUGGCAUUUAAAUCAGAUGUUAUGUGCUUUCAAGAAGUUGAUCAUUUUGAUUUCUUUAGCAGAGCCUUGGCCACUCAGUCAUAUAGUGGUGUAUUUUUACCCAAGAUAUUUUCACCUUGUAUUUUUAAAAAAUUAAAUAAUGGACCAGAUGGGUGUGCAAUAUUUUACAAUCAUCAAAAGUAUCAGCUCUUAGGAAAACAUGAGUUGGUCUAUUUCCAUUCAGCAGAAAAUUCGAGUAGUCGACAUGUGGCAUUGUUAGUUGUACUAAAAAAUAAAAGUUCGUUGAACAAGUUAUGUGUAGCCACCACUCAUCUCAAAGCCGAGAAAAGUGAUAAGAUGGCAUUUUUAAGAAACCAACAAGGCGAAGAGCUUUUGAAUUUUGUCACCCAAUAUACCAGUGACUGCCCGACUGUUAUAAUCGGUGAUUUCAACGGUGAACCUACUGAAGCCGUAUAUACAACUAUGAUCAGUGACCCUCAAUUAAACUUAAAAAGUGCAUACAAUACAUUCAAUAAGGAACCAGAAUUUACAACAUUGAAAAUUAGGAAUGGACGCGAAAUAAAAAGAACUAUUGAUUACAUAUUUUACACUACAAAAUACCUAACUGUUAGUGGCAUAGUUGCCAUGCCCCGUAAAAAAUCAAUUGGCAAAAAUAGAAUUCCCUCGUUUACCUAUCCUUCCGACCACUUCUCUUUGGUUGCUGAUUUAUUCUUUAACAAACCAUAAGGAUUUCCUUAUAUUUUGUUAAAGAAAAAAUUAUAAAAAAAAAAUAGAACUAUUAAAUAUUCUUGUACAUGACAUUGAAUUUGGUUUUGAAAUUCCGACACACAACUUAGUAAUAUUAGUAUUACUACCUCUAGGCUCUAACUUCCUCAGCCCCAAUAUGCUCCAUCCUCACUGUGCCCCGACCCCACUGUAUUGGUUUUUAUUUACAUUUUUGUAAUUUAAUCGCCUUGUCAACAGAUGUUCGUAAUUGUUAGUGUUACAUAUUAGUAAGUAAUAAAAAAUAGUAGUUUAACUUAUUGUAAA